AUGUCGGCGCCUGCGAACCGAGGAAAUCAAUGUCAAUGCCGGAACCCCCGAACCCAAAUCCUGGGACCAGCAUGCCGAAAGUUUCAUCAGUGUCUCGGAUCAGAGGCUGCCGGUGUCGGCGACUACUGCGAGGCUUGCGUGAGCAACAAAUGCCGCCAACGCGAAUGUGAAGCCAUCGCCAAGUCGCGCGACCCCGACUGGCGCAAGGCUUCAGGCGGCGUAAAGUGCCUCUGCGCCUAUGACACUAUGAUCGGGUGUACCGCGCCACUUGACUGCGCGCUCUACGGUCGUGAUGAGAGCGGGUACUGCGCUGCUUGCCGGCAAAACAAAUGUCUCUCCCACCCCUUCAACAAGCAGCACCACUUCAAGCAACAAUCCCCCGUGACCGGCCUAUACUUCAUCACCCGACGGACGCGUCACGAGAUAGAACAGCUGCCGGACCAGGCUGUUCUGAACAACUUGCCGCCUGUGCCGUUUCCUGAUGCGUGGGGGGUUCAUGAUACCGAAUUGCCGCGGCCGAUCUUGCCACGGCCGGAGGCGGCUGCAGCCCCCGGCAGCAGUACCGAACCCGUGGUGGCUGCUGCGUCCGUCGUGGGGGGAGGACUUGGGGCUCGUCCUGCUUCUACCCCGCCUCCCACCCAGAUCCCAGCGCCGGCUUCUACUGCGGCCGAACCCUCCGCCGUGGGAGCCGUGGGAGCCGUGGGAAGCAAAACCCCCAUCGCCGUGAAGCCGAGGCCAAAGACCAACACCGCGACCAACACCCACCGGAAGAGCCCCCCAAACUUGGACUCAGCCUCCAACCCCAAUCCACCCUCCGACUCCGACUCCGACGCCAGCCAAUCCACCUCCGACCAAGACGAAGACGAAGACCAAUACCAAGCCGAAGAGUUUGACUUUUUCCCCGGCCUGGAAGACCCCAACUUCGACUGGCGUCUUGCUAUCGAUUUUGGUACGGGGUAUAGGGAUAAUUUGCCGGAUGUUAUCGGGGGGUAUUUUGGCGGUGCGGCCUCUGCAGCGACUGAUCCUUCGACUGCUCCUCCCUCCCUGCCUUUUGAUGGGGUUGGUGGUGGUGAUGGUUUUGAUCUGGGUGGUGGCCAAGGGGGUGGCCAAGGGGGUGAUGUCCUCGAGGGGGGUGAUAAUUCGGCGGAGGGGGCUAACAGCUACAUUGACAACGUCGACAGCCUCGACAACCUCCACAGCUACAACGACAACGCCAACACCACAGCCAACAACGCUCACAACAGCAACAGCAGCAAUAGCAGCACUGCCAACCCCAACAACAGCAUCGUCAACUACCCGCAGAAGCAGGACCGCGGAAUCCCACAGUGCCACUGCCUCACAGGUGAGCCACCAUGCCGGGUCAGCGAACUAUGCCAUGGGAGGACACAUCGGCAGGGGGAAAGGUGUGACAUGUGCGUGCUGUUUGCGUGUGAUUUGACGAAUGAGGAGCUGGGAUGGGCUGAGGGGGUGGAUGGGAGGUAG